AGAGCCGCUCCGGGGCCGCCGAGAUGCAGGCGAGGGCGGGAGGGCUGUGGAGGCGGCGGUCGGCGCUGCUGCCGCUGCUGCUGCUGGCGCUGUGGGGCUGGAAGCCGCGGGGGGCGCGAGCGCAGCGCCCGCCAACGGACACAGAGAACAGGACGGAUUGCGUUCCCCCUUCGUCUGAGUUUCCUGAGGGAUUUUUUACACCGCAGGAGAGAAAGGAUGGAGGAAUCGUUAUCUAUUUCCUAAUUAUACUUUACAUGUUUUUGGCCGCGUCCAUCGUAUGCGAUGAUUACUUCCUACCGUCUCUCGAGAUCAUCACGGAAUGCCUUGGCCUCUCUCAGGAUGUUGCUGGAGCAACUUUUAUGGCUGCUGGAAGCUCUGCCCCAGAGCUCGUCACUGCUUUUCUAGGAGUCUUCGUGACAAAAGGAGACAUUGGCGUCAGCACCAUCCUUGGAUCAGCCAUCUACAAUCUUCUUGGGAUUUGUGCAGCAUGCGGGCUGCUCUCUAGCGUGGUUUCGAGGCUAUCCUGUUGGCCGCUGUUUAGAGACUGCCUGGCAUAUACAAUUAGUGCAGCGGCGGUCCUUGCGAUGAUAUCUGACAGCAGAAUUUACUGGUAUGAAAGUGCUUCCUUAUUAUUAAUAUAUGGGUGUUAUAUUCUGGUACUAUGUUUUGACAUUAAAAUCAACCGGUGCCUCAUGAAAAAGCUCAGUCCCUGCUGUUCGUGUUUUACAAAAGCUACGGAACAGAGUGGUGAGCAGCAGCCAUUAGCUGGAUGGAGGGAAGAGAGAGGGCCUCUAAUUCGUCAACAGUCAAGAACUGAUAGUGGAAUUUUUCAAGAUGAGCUGGACUAUUCUCAACUUUCAACAAGCUUACAUGGGCUUGAUGAAAUCUCUGAAGAUCAUCCAAGUGUCUUCACCAUGCCUGAAGAAGAUAUGAAGAGAAUUCUUUGGGUGUUAUCCCUUCCAAUUACUACGCUACUCUACUUGACUACACCAGAUUGCAGAAGACGGUUUUGGAGGAAUUGGUUCAUGGUAACAUUUUUCAUGUCAGCAGCAUGGAUUUCUGCAAUAACUUACGUGCUUGUGUGGAUGAUAACAAUAGCAGGUGAAACACUGGGAAUUCCAGAGUCAGUAAUGGGUCUCACAUUACUAGCAGCAGGAACAAGUGUACCAGACACAGUUGCAAGUGUGCUGGUGGCUCGAAAAGAACGCAAGUUUACUUCAAUCACUUCUCCCUCCACACCAGAAGCUCAAACUAUUUCACACCUGUAUGUUUAAGGAAAAGACUACAGAGGAAAACUCGCUAAAUGAAUUUUCACCUGAACACAACAGCUUUAACAACUAUUAGACUUGCAGUCACAAGCAACAGAGUUCUGACACUGACAACGCUGCAGUACAAAUCCGCUGGAACAACUGCAUGUACAACAACCGUAUCAUUACAUUGCCUGAGCAUCUACGUUCUAUGGAAACAAGUAAACCUACUCAUUCCAGAUCCUACUGGGCCCAUUCUAGGUGCUCCCAUUCCUCCGGCAAAAACACCAAUCAUUGCACCACCUAGAGAGAUAAAAAAUAAAGUGACAUACACUGAAACUGCCACACAGUGACAACAGCAAGGCACACAAUGAUAAAGCACACUGAUCUCAGUGUUUCCCAGCAAUUCUUUUCCACAGAACACUUUAGCCUGCACCAUUGUCACAUGAACUAAAUAGGAAAUACCCAGCAAGUAACUUUACCUCUUCCUUCCCUAUUACAGGAUGCAAGUUACCCUGAUUUUCUUUCUACGUAGUUUUUCUCCGCUUUGAUAGCAGUGCAAACACCUUAAACUAAAUGAGCCAUUUCCCACGUUGGGAAUAACCACCCCAUUGUCAAGGCUGAAGGGUUCAUCCUAUUUGACCCUUACUGUGUAGAAAUGCCCUAGCUUCUCCCACUCUAAAGAAACUCAUGUAAAAGCUAGAAUUGUCUCUCAAGGUCUGUCUUUACUGUAUUUGAAUGCGGAGUUCACAGAAAUGGGUGGGGAAAAAAGAGAAAGGAA